CUCCAACCCCAACUCCUCCACCUCCGCGCCUCGACGCUCCUCCAAUUGCCCUCGCUUUGGAGAUAAGUGCAUUUGAUCCAUUUUUGACGGCGCUUAACUUCCACAUUCCUUCAUCAUGGCAGACGUGCCCAUUGUGCUCGACGGAGGAACCGGUUUCCUCAAGGUCGGAUAUGCUGGCCAGAACUUCCCAGAGCACCAGUUCCCCUCGAUAGUGGGGCGGCCCAUCUUGCGAACGGAGGAGCAGGCUGGCGACAUUGUGGUCAAGGAUAUCAUGUGUGGAGAGGAAGCUGCCGCCGCUCGAUCCAUGCUUCAGAUCAGCUAUCCGAUGGAGAAUGGUAUUGUCAAGAAGUGGGAUGACAUGCAACACCUGUGGAAUUACACCUUUUACGACAAGUUGAAGAUUGAUCCUACGGGACGGAAGAUCCUCCUUACAGAGCCGCCCAUGAACCCGCUCAAGAACCGCGAACAGAUGGCCGAGGUCAUGCUCGAGGGAUACAACUUCGGAGGUGUCUAUGUGGCGAUCCAGGCAGUGCUGGCACUGUAUGCCCAGGGUCUGAGCAGUGGUGUUGUUGUGGACUCCGGUGACGGUGUGACACACAUUAUCCCCGUUUACGAGUCAACCGUCUUGAACCACCACAUCAAGCGAUUGGAUGUGGCCGGCCGUGAUGUCACCCGCAACCUGAUUGCCCUUCUCCUGCGCCGCGGCUAUGCGCUGAACCGAACCGCCGAUUUCGAGACCGUCCGCCAGAUCAAGGAGAAGCUCUGCUAUGUUUCGUACGACCUCGAGUUGGACAAGAAGCUGUCUGAGGAUACCACUGUUUUGGUCGAGUCUUACACCCUUCCCGACGGCCGUGUCAUUCGUGUCGGCAGUGAGCGGUUCGAAGCCCCCGAGUGUCUCUUCCAACCCCACCUGGUGGAUGUUGAUCAGCCCGGUAUGGCUGAGCUGCUCUUCAACACCAUUCAAGGCACCGAUGUCGAUAUUCGAUCCAGUCUAUACAAGGCUGUUGUGCUUAGCGGUGGUAGCAGCAUGUACCCCGGUCUGCCUUCGCGAUUGGAGAAGGAGCUGAAGCAGCUCUGGCUCACCCGAGUCCUGGGCGGCAACCCAGAGCGUCUGAACAAAUUCAAGGUCCGCAUCGAAGACCCCCCUCGGCGGAGGCACAUGGUCUUCCUGGGUGGUGCUGUCCUUGCCAACCUGAUCGCAGACAAGGACGACAUGUGGGUAUCCAAGCAGGAGUGGGAGGAACAAGGUGCUCGUGCGCUGGCCAAGCUUGGUCCCCGGUAAAGCAAAGCGAUAUGUACUUAGGCGGUUCUUAUUUCUGGUUUGAUUCAUUUUCCUUCGCCCUCUUCCCGCAUUGUCUGCAAGCCGCGUCGCCCGAUUUCCACACCUCAUCUCCUUUUUUUCUCACCCUCCUGGCCCGCCUUGUCGAUAUCCUUCCCAUCAAUCACGUUGUUUGCCGUGUCUCCUGCCUCCGAUAUAGUAUUGUGCCUAGACUGGUCUGGUGCGGGUGGAUCUAGGGCUUUGGCAGAAAUGAAAGAAAUGUUUUACUGAAA